AUGUGGGAGAAAAUGGAGACCAAGACGAUCGUGUACGACUUGGACACGUCGGGGGGGCUGAUGGAGCAAAUCCAAGCUCUGCUGGCUCCCCCCAAGACGGACGAGGCCGAAAAGCGGAGUCGGAAGCCUGAGAAGGAGCCCCGGAGAAGCGGCAGGGCCACCAACCACGACAGCUGCGAUAGCUGCAAAGAAGGUGGGGACCUCCUGUGCUGUGACCACUGCCCGGCCGCCUUCCAUCUCCAGUGCUGCAACCCUCCACUGAGUGAAGAGAUGUUGCCUCCUGGGGAGUGGAUGUGUCACCGGUGCACUGUUCGAAGAAAGAAACGAGAGCAGAAGAAGGAACUGGGCCAUGUCAAUGGACUGGUGGACAAAUCUGGCAAACGGACUACAUCCCCCAGCAGUGACACUGACUUGUUGGACAGAUCAGCUAGCAAAACUGAACUCAAGGCCAUUGCCCACGCCCGGAUCCUGGAAAGGAGAGCCAGCCGACCUGGCACACCCACAUCCAACGCCAGCACGGAGACCCCCACCUCUGAGCAGAAUGAUGUCGACGAGGACAUCAUCGAUGUGGACGAGGAGCCAGUGGCCACAGAGCCGGACUACGUGCAGCCCCAGCUGAGGCGGCCCUUUGAGCUGCUGAUCGCUGCCGCCAUGGAGCGGAACCCCACCCAAUUCCAGUUGCCCAAUGAACUGACUUGUACCACUGCACUACCAGGUUCCAGCAAAAGGAGAAGAAAGGAGGAAACCACGGGGAAAAACGUUAAGAAAACACAGCACGAGUUAGAUCACAAUGGUCUUGUUCCCUUGCCAGUCAAAGUCUGCUUCACGUGUAACAGGAGUUGUCGUGUGGCCCCUCUCAUCCAGUGUGACUAUUGCCCCCUCCUGUUCCACAUGGACUGCCUCGAGCCCCCGCUCACUGCCAUGCCCCUGGGCAGGUGGAUGUGUCCGAAUCACAUCGAACAUGUGGUGCUGAACCAGAAGAACAUGACGCUGAGCAAUCGGUGCCAGGUGUUUGACCGUUUCCAGGACACCAUUUCACAGCACGUCGUCAAAGUGGACUUCCUGAACCGAAUCCACAAGAAGCACCCUCCCAACCGCCGCGUGCUCCAGUCGGUCAAAAGAAGAAGCUUGAAGGUUCCCGAUGCCAUCAAAUCUCAGUACCAGUUCCCACCCCCUCUCAUUGCACCCGCGGCCAUUCGGGACGGGGAGCUGAUCUGUAAUGGGAUCCCUGAGGAGUCACAGACGCACCUUGUGAACUCUGAGCACUUAGCCACCCAGGCAGAGCAGCAAGAGUGGCUCUGUAGUGUUGUUGCGCUCCAGUGCAGCAUAUUGAAACAUUUAUCUGCUAAGCAGAUGCCUUCGCAUUGGGACUCUGAACAGACAGAGAAGGCUGAUAUUAAGCCUGUUAUUGUGACUGACAGCUCAAUCACCACCUCCCUGCAAACAGCUGACAAGGCACCUCCACCUUCCCACUACCCCUUGUCCUGCCCCUCAGGGCUUAGCACCCAGAAUUCCCUGAGUUGCUCUCCACCCCACCAACCCCCCACCCUAGAGGACAUCAGCUGCAGCUCUUGUGCGGAAAAAUCCAAGAAAGCCCCCUGUGGGACUGCCAACGGGCCGGUGAACACAGAGGUGAAAGCCAAUGGCCCACACCUCUACAGCAGCCCCACUGAUUCCACGGACCCCCGGCGACUUCCAGGCGCCAACACCCCCCUACCAGGCCUCUCACACCGGCAAGGCUGGCCCCGGCCCCUCACGCCACCAGCGGCUGGGGGGCUUCAGAACCACACCGUCGGCAUCAUUGUGAAGACAGAGAAUGCCACUGGCCCCAGCUCUUGCCCCCAGAGGAGUGUGGGUCUUGUCCCAAGCCUACCCCCUUCCGUUCCCAGCUCUUGUGCCAGCAUCGAGAACACCAGCACUUUGCAAAGAAAGACUGUCCAAUCCCAGAUAGGACCUCCGUUGACAGAUUCAAGGCCACUGGGCUCACCCCCAAAUGCCACCCGGGUGCUCACUCCCCCCCAAGCUGCAGGUGAUGGUAUCUUGGCCACAGGAGCCAACCAACGAUUCUGCUCACCAGCGCCAUCGUCAGAUGGCAAGGUCAGCCCCGGCACGUUAUCCAUAGGAAGCGCUUUAACCGUACCCUCUUUCCCAGCCAACUCUACUGCCAUGGUGGACCUCACCAACUCACUUCGCGCAUUCAUGGACGUCAAUGGAGAAAUCGAGAUAAAUAUGCUGGACGAGAAGCUGAUCAAGUUUCUGGCCUUGCAGAGAAUACAUCAGCUUUUCCCCUCCCGGGUCCAAGCUUCACCGGGCAGUGUCGGGGCACAUCCGCUGGCUUCUGGAGGGCACCACACGGAAGUGCAGAGAAGGGAAGUACAGGCCCGAGCUGUGUUCUACCCCCUCUUAGGGUUGGGAGGCGCUGUGAACAUGUGCUAUCGAACCCUCUACAUCGGGACAGGAGCUGACAUGGACGUGUGCCUUACAAACUAUGGUCACUGUAACUACGUGUCCGGGAAACACGCCUGCAUAUUCUAUGAUGAGAAUACCAAACAUUAUGAGCUGUUAAACUACAGUGAGCACGGGACAACGGUGGACAAUGUGCUGUAUUCAUGUGACUUCUCUGAGAAGACCCCGCCAACCCCCCCAAGCAGUAUUGUUGCCAAAGUGCAGAGUGUCAUCAGGCGCCGCCGGCACCAGAAACAAGAUGAAGAGCCAAGUGAAGAGGCAGCCAUGAUGAGCUCCCAGGCCCAGGGGCCGCAGCGGAGACCCUGCAACUGCAAAGCCAGCAGCUCGAGCUUGAUUGGGGGCAGUGGGGCCGGCUGGGAGGGCACGGCCUUGCUGCACCACGGCAGCUACAUCAAGCUGGGGUGCCUGCAGUUUGUCUUCAGCAUCACUGAGUUUGCGACCAAACAGCCCAAAGGCGAUGCCGGCCUGCUGCAAGAUGGGGUCUUGGCCGAGAAGCUCUCUCUCAAGCCCCACCAGGGCCCCGUGCUGCGCUCCAACUCCGUUCCCUAG